AUGAUGAGUGAUGAGAAGAACCUUGGGCUGUCCCCAAAAUUGGUCUCCCCUUCCAGGAGCCCGAGCACCUGCUCCUCCAAGCAGGGAAGUCGGCAGGACAGCUGGGAGGUGGUGGAAGGACUGAGGGGCGAGGUGAACUACACCCAGGAGCCACCAGUGCAGAAAGGGUUUUUGCUGAAAAAGCGGAAGUGGCCCCUGAAAGGCUGGCACAAGAGAUUCUUCUAUCUGGACAAAGGAAUCUUGAAGUAUGCCAAGAGCCAGACGGACAUCGAGAGGGAGAAGCUGCAUGGCUGCAUCGACGUGGGGCUCUCGGUGAUGUCCGUGAAGAAGUCGACCAAGUGCAUAGACCUGGACACCGAGGAGCACAUCUACCACCUGAAGGUCAAGUCAGACGACGUGUUUGACGAGUGGGUGUCCAAGCUCCGCCACCACCGCAUGUACCGGCAGAACGAGAUCGCCAUGUUCCCACACGAAGCGAACCACUUCUUCCCGGGGCAAACCGUCCCCGACUCCGGGCCCGGGGCCCUGGAUCCCCUCUCCGGUCGGAAGCGGAGCAGCAUAUCAAAGCAGAACUCCUUUCAAACCGGAAGCAAUCUGUCCUUCUGCGGAGAGAUUCGCGUCCCCUUGUGGCUGCAGCACUCGGAGGACAUGGAGCAGUGCUCCAAAGACCUGGCCCACUGCCACUCCUACCUGCUGGAAAUGAGCCAGCUCCUCCAGAGCAUGGACGUCCUGCAUCGGACGUAUUCCGCGCCCGCUAUCAACGCCAUCCAGGGUGGAGCUUUUGAAAGUCCCAAAAAGGAGAAAAGAUCGCACAGGAGGUGGCGGUCCCGAGCUAUUGGCAAAGAUGCUAAAGGAACACUACAGGUGCCUAAGCCUUUUGAUGGCCCACAAAGACUGCAUUCUUCCAAUCCCAAUUUGUCAACACUAGAUUUUGGAGAAGAGAAAAAUAAUUCUGAUGGCUCUGAAACUUCAUCUGAGUUUUCUAAAAUGCAAGAAGAUCUGUGUCAUAUUGCCCAUAAAGUUUACUUCACUUUAAGGUCGGCUUUUAACACCAUCUCCACGGAGAGGGAGAAGCUGAAGCAGCUGAUGGAGCAGGACGCCUCGUCCCCCUCCGCCCAGGCCCUGGGGCUGAAGCGCGCCCUGUCCUCCGCGCUAGCACAAAACACAGACCUUAAAGAACGCUUGCGCAGAAUCCAUGCCGAGUCCCUGCUCCUCGAGCCCCCUGCUGCUGACAGCCUGGCAGAGGAGAACUCCGCCGACGACAACCGGCCCCUGGUCCAUCAGCUCUCGAACGAGAGCCGGCUCUCCAUCACCGACUCCCUGUCGGAGUUCUUCGACGCCCAGGAGGUCCUGCUGUCGCCCAGCUCCUCGGAGAACGAGGGCUCCGAGGACGACUCCUAUGCCAGUGACAUCAGUGAUAACCUGUCCGUGGACAAUCUCAGUAAUGACCUGGACAACGAGAGACAGACAUUGGGGUCGGCUCCGGAGAGCGGCGGGGAAGCCACGUGCAAAAGGAGGACGUGCCUGCCGGCGCCCUGCCCCAGCAGCAGCAGCGUGAGCCUGUGGAACAUCCUGAGGAACAACAUCGGCAAGGACCUGUCCAAGGUGGCCAUGCCCGUGGAGCUCAACGAGCCGCUCAACACGCUGCAGAGGCUCUGCGAGGAGCUGGAGUACAGCGAGCUGCUGGACAAGGCCGCGCACGUGCCCAGCGCCCAGGAGAGGAUGGUGUACGUGGCCGCCUUCGCCGUGUCGGCCUACGCGUCCAGCUUCUACCGCGCCGGCAGCAAGCCCUUCAACCCGGUGCUGGGCGAGACGUACGAGUGCAUCCGCCAGGACAAGGGCUUCCGCUUCUUCUCCGAGCAGGUCAGCCACCACCCGCCCAUCUCUGCGUGUCACGCUGAGUCUGAAAAUUUUGUUUUCUGGCAAGAUGUGAGGUGGAAAAACAAGUUCUGGGGCAAAUCCAUGGAAAUCGUUCCCAUCGGCACAACCCACGUGACUCUGCCGGCUUUCGGGGACCACUUUGAGUGGAACAAAGUCACCUCCUGCAUCCAUAACAUCCUGAGCGGGCAGCGGUGGAUCGAGCACUACGGGGAGAUCAUCAUCAAGAACCUGAAUGACGACUCCUGCCACUGCAAAGUGAACUUCAUCAAGGCAAAAUACUGGAGCACGAACUCGCGCGAGAUCGAAGGGACGGUGUAUGACAAGAGCGGGAAGGCGGUGCACCGGCUCUUCGGGAAAUGGCACGAGAGCAUCUACUACGGAGGCCCGUCCUCCUCCACCUGCGUCUGGAGGGCCAAUCCCAUGCCCAAGGGCUACGAGCAGUAUUAUGGCUUCACACAGUUUGCACUGGAAUUAAAUGAAAUCGAUUCAUCCUUGAAGACUUUAUUACCACCCACUGACACUCGAUUUAGGCCAGACCAAAGGUUCCUGGAGGAGGGGAACGUGGAGGAGGCCGAGGCGCAGAAGCAGCGGAUCGAGCAGCUGCAGCGGGACCGGCGGCGGACGCUGGAGGAGAACAACGUGCAGCACCAGCCGCGCUUCUUCAGGAAAUCCGCUGACGACUCCUGGGUGAGCAACGGCACCUACCUGGAGCUGCGGAAGGACCUCGGCUUCUCCCAGCUGGACCACCCCGUCCUGUGGUGA